ACAUUUAUUGCUCGUUGGCAGAUAGACUUUCAGUAACUGAUCAUGAUGUGGUAGCCAUAUUUUGGUUAAAUCGAAAGUGAAUCCUUGCUUGUAUUUUUUCAUUCAGAGAAGAAUAGUUGAUAUUAAUUUUUUGUGAUUGUCAACCAUCCAUGAUCAAUACACGUACAAUAUUCUUGUUGACUGAUAUGAAGUGGAUGAGCUUGAUAUACAUUUAAAGUUUUGGGUUUUCUGGGAGGUGUGAAAUCCAGAUUGGAUGAUGGGUGGUGUAGAUAUCUAGAUUGGACUGUUACUUUGGUUGGGUGUGAGCUGACAGCUUUCCUCGGUUCUGAAAGAUUGUGUUGAUUAAGGAAUGUCGAUUGGAUUUGGGGACUGUGUGGAUGAAGGAAGGACUUGGUGAGAAUAUUUCAUAAUUGAUUUUGACUUAAUAAUUUUGCUUCUGUUGAUCUCAUGAUUUUGAUGUUUUAUGGGAACUUGUCCUUUAAUUUUACUUGGAUGAUCAUCUGUUGGACUGUUAUUAAUCACCUGUGGAAAUGGGUCAGAUUUGGUUGAGAUUGAAGGAGUGGCUUGAAUAUAUUUUGUUGGUUUUAGAGGUGGCACAUUUUUGGAUUUUUUUAUGUAAAGCUACCUAUCCGUGGUUGAUGUGUGCUGUUGGAUCUGAAGAAAUUUGUUUUGCUUGAUUGAGAACGGAAAAGAAAUAUAUUGUGGCUGUGAGAAUGGGGGCGAGGUCAAGUUCCAAGAUUGUAGGGUAAAGGGCUUUUUUUUGAAAGUACAAAGAAAAAUGUUGAGAUUUUUAAAUAAAAGCCUGUGUUAAUUUUUGCUCUAAUGCAGCUGAACACUAGGGAGGCGCUCUUGAGUCACCGAAAAAAUUGCCCCUUCACAUUGGAAUGGCAAAGUGAGCCUUGAAUGUUGUUUUUAGAUGAUUUUUAGGCAUCAUAAAGAAGACAAAACUUGAAUUUAAUUUGUGAAAUUCAGGUUUUGUUUUUAUUUGGGAACCCUUUUACCCUUGGAGGGGCUCAUCUUUUAAAAGAUUAGUACUUAAGAUGAGCUUUAGAUUCUCUUAAAAAUGAUCCCUUUUUCAAAAUGGCUUUAUAAAGCACCACUUCCUGUCCAGGGAGGAAGUUAUUUCAGCUCAAGGACUGAAAUAUUUAGCAGAUCUCUAGACAAAAGGAACAAAUUACAUUUCUCUCUGGCUUAAAAAGGGUGCUUGAGCCAGAGGGGGUUAAGAAGCCCUCCCCCACCCGUGCUGGGGUGGUCUGGAGGGGCAGGGAGGUGUGGAGGUGGGGGUCCUCAGGCUCCCUGGGAUGGAGGAUUUUUUUUUUUUUUUUUGGUGGAGAUGAAGGGGUGGGUCUAUGGUACAUCACCUGAGUUGUGGGGUAAAUGUAGAGUGUCAAUCAAAGGCAGAGCUCUCAGAGCUGGGAAGGAGGCUCUAGAUGGCGGCUGUGCCUUAGAGAGCGCGCUCUGCUCGCCGCCUUCCUCACUUUACGCAACUUUCCCUAACUUUCGGGCAGCCUCAGGGGGCCCCCGCAGCCCCCUGCCUCUCCUAGUGACUUACCAGGGUCGAUUGGGACCAUUUUUAUGGAGAAAAACAGCUUUUAGGAGCUUUCUCUUGGUGCCUUGUUGGAAAGCAGCAGCCGUGCUGAGAGCCCAGCUCGUUGUUUUUUCCAGCUUAGAAGCCAUGGCGCACCUCCAUUUUUGUGCGCUCUCCUAAUGAGGUUUUUUCCCUUCCGGACCUGUUUUGGUAUUAAUUAUUGCUUUAUUUUUUUUGACCCGUUAACAUAUUUGAAGAUUAUUUUAUUUAUUUUCGUUUUUUAACGGAGAAUUUUCCCUUUAUUUUUAACUAUUUGGGAUCUGUAUUUUUCUACUAGAUAGGACUCUUGCUUUGGACAUACUGCAUGGAUCAGGACCUUGUCCCUGAUGAUAAAGCGAGCACAGGAGCACAGGACCGGGACCUUACCUUUCUUUCAACUUUUGACAGUAAAUACCUGGGCACAGGACUUCAAAGCAAACACAGAUUUCCCCUCCCCCUUAAUAUUUACGAAUUAAAAGAUGAUGAGAAGUAAGGACAAAAGCCAAGAGGAGGACAGUUCGCUACACAGCAAUGCAUCGAGCCAUUCAGUUUCUGAAGAUGCCUCGGGCUCAGACUCGGGCAGCCAGUCGGAAAGCGAGCCAGGCAGUGAGCCAGGAAGUGGACAUGGCAGUGAGUCCAACAGCAGCUCCGAAGCUUCUGAGAGUCCAUCGGAGUCUGAGAGCGAAUCGGCGGGUUCCAAGAACCAGCCAGCCCUUCCGGAAGCCAAAGAGAAGCCAGCGUCCAAGAAGGAACGGAUAGCCGACGUCAAGAAGAUGUGGGAAGAGUAUCCUGAUGUGUAUGGGGUCAGACGGUCAAACCGAAGCAGACAAGAGCCGUCCCGAUUUAAUAUUAAGGAGGAGGCCAGUAGCGGCUCUGAGAGUGGGAGUCCAAAAAGAAGAGGCCAGAGGCAGCUGAAGAAACAAGAAAAAUGGAAACGGGAGCCGUCAGAAGAUGAACAAGGCACCAGUGCAGAGAGUGAAGCGGAACAGAGAAAAGGGAAAGCCAGAAGACCUGUGCCCAGAAGAACAAUACCUAAACCUCGUGUUAAAAAGCAAACUAAGACUCAGCGUGGAAAGAGAAAGAAGCAGGAUUCUUCCGAUGACGACGAUGAAGAUGAUGAAGCUCCCAAAAGACAGACUCGCCGGCGCGCAGCCAAGAACGUCAGCUAUAAAGAAGAUGACGACUUUGAGACCGACUCAGAUGACCUCAUUGAAAUGACCGGAGAAGGGGUUGAUGAGCAGCAGGACAACAGCGAGACGAUCGAGAAGGUGUUGGACUCGAGGCUGGGCCGGAAAGGAGCCACGGGAGCGUCUACCACUGUGUACGCCGUGGAAGCCAACGGAGACCCUGCGGGCGGCUUUGACAGCGCGAAGGACGAGGGCGAAGCCCAGUACCUCAUCAAGUGGAAGGGCUGGUCUUACAUCCACAGCACGUGGGAGAGCGAAGAGUCCCUGCAGCAGCAGAAGGUGAAGGGCCUGAAGAAGCUCGAGAACUUCAAGAAGAAGGAGGAGGAAGUCAGACAGUGGUUAGGGAAAGUUUCUCCUGAAGAUGUGGAAUAUUUCAAUUGCCAGCAGGAACUGGCCUCCGAGCUGAACAGGCAGUACCAAGUAGUAGAGAGAGUGAUUGCUGUGAAGACAAGUAAAUCUGCAUUGGGUCAGACUGAUUUCCCAGCUCACAGUCGCAAGCCAGCACCUUCCAAUGAGCCCGAGUACCUGUGCAAGUGGAUGGGCCUACCCUAUUCGGAGUGUAGCUGGGAGGACGAAGCCCUGAUCAGCAACAAGUUCCAGGGCUGCAUCGACAGCUUCCACAGUCGGAACAACUCGAAAACCAUUCCCACGAGGGAGUGCAAGGCACUGAAGCAGAGACCUCGAUUUGUGGCAUUGAAAAAGCAGCCUGCAUAUCUGGGAGGGGAAAAUCUGGAGCUGCGGGACUACCAGCUGGAAGGGCUCAACUGGCUGGCGCAUUCCUGGUGCAAAAGUAACAGUGUCAUCCUUGCUGAUGAAAUGGGCCUGGGAAAGACCAUCCAGACUAUAUCAUUCCUCUCCUACCUGUUCCACCAACACCAGCUGUAUGGCCCCUUUCUUAUAGUCGUCCCUUUAUCCACCCUCACCUCAUGGCAGAGAGAGUUUGAAAUCUGGGCUCCAGAGCUUAACGUAGUGGUUUACAUAGGUGACCUGAUGAGCAGAAAUACGAUUCGGGAAUAUGAGUGGAUUCAUUCCCAGUCUAAAAGGCUGAAAUUCAAUGCUCUGAUAACAACAUAUGAGAUUCUCCUGAAAGACAAGACUGUGCUGGGCAGUAUUAACUGGGCCUUCCUGGGCGUGGAUGAAGCCCAUCGGUUGAAGAAUGAUGACUCUUUAUUGUAUAAAACUCUGGUUGAUUUCAAGUCCAACCAUAGGCUCCUGAUCACAGGCACCCCUCUGCAGAAUUCCCUCAAGGAGCUCUGGUCCUUGCUGCACUUCAUUAUGCCGGACAAGUUUGAGUUCUGGGAGGAUUUUGAAGAGGAGCACGGGAGAGGCAGAGACAAUGGCUACCAGAGUCUGCACAAGGUGCUGGAGCCCUUCCUGCUGCGCAGGGUCAAGAAGGACGUGGAGAAGUCGCUGCCCGCCAAGGUGGAGCAGAUCCUGCGCGUGGAGAUGUCGGCCCUGCAGAAGCAGUACUACAAGUGGAUUCUCACCCGGAACUACAAGGCUCUGGCCAAGGGCACACGGGGCAGCACGUCGGGGUUCCUUAACAUUGUGAUGGAGCUGAAGAAGUGCUGUAACCACUGUUACCUGAUUAAGCCCCCUGAAGAGAGCGAGAGAGAAAACGGGCAGGAGCUGCUUCUGUCCCUCAUCAGGAGUAGCGGGAAGCUGAUUUUGUUAGAUAAACUGUUGACGAGACUUCGAGAACGUGGAAACAGAGUCCUUAUCUUCUCUCAGAUGGUGAGAAUGUUGGAUAUCUUGGCAGAGUACCUGACCAUUAAACACUAUCCUUUCCAGCGUCUGGAUGGUUCUAUCAAGGGAGAGAUACGGAAGCAGGCGCUGGAUCAUUUCAACGCAGAUGGAUCUGAGGACUUCUGCUUCCUGCUCUCCACAAGGGCUGGCGGCCUGGGAAUCAAUUUGGCUUCUGCGGACACUGUCGUCAUCUUUGAUUCUGACUGGAAUCCCCAGAACGACUUGCAGGCACAAGCCCGGGCGCACAGGAUCGGUCAGAAGAAGCAGGUGAACAUUUACCGCUUAGUCACUAAGGGAACUGUGGAGGAAGAGAUCAUAGAACGGGCCAAGAAGAAGAUGGUGUUGGACCACCUGGUGAUCCAGCGCAUGGACACCACCGGCCGCACGGUCCUGGAGAACAACUCCGGGAGGUCCAACUCCAACCCUUUCAACAAAGAAGAGCUGACAGCCAUUUUGAAGUUUGGAGCCGAGGAUCUCUUCAAAGAACUGGAAGGGGAGGAGUCGGAGCCACAGGAAAUGGACAUAGAUGAAAUUUUACGCUUGGCUGAAACCAGAGAGAACGAAGUGUCAACGAGUGCCACAGAUGAGCUGUUGUCACAGUUUAAGGUUGCCAACUUUGCAACAAUGGAAGAGGAAGAGGAGCUGGAGGAGCGACCUCACAGGGACUGGGAUGAGAUCAUCCCUGAGGAGCAGAGGAGGAAGGUCGAAGAGGAGGAGCGGCAGAAGGAGCUGGAGGAGAUCUACAUGCUACCACGCAUUCGGAGUUCCACCAAGAAGGCUCAGACGAAUGACAGUGACUCCGACACCGAGUCCAAGAGGCAGGCCCAGAGGUCCUCUGCUUCCGAGAGCGAGACGGACGACUCCGAUGAUGACAAGAAGCCCAAGCGCAGAGGCCGCCCCCGCAGUGUGCGCAAGGACCUGGUGGAGGGGUUCACGGACGCAGAGAUCCGCAGGUUUAUCAAGGCUUACAAGAAGUUUGGUCUCCCUCUUGAACGGCUGGAGUGCAUAGCGCGGGACGCUGAGCUGGUGGACAAGUCUGUGGCAGAUCUGAGACGCCUCGGCGAGCUCAUCCACAGCAGCUGCGUGUCUGCGAUGCAGGAGUACGAGGAGCAGCUGAAGGAGAAUGCCAGCGAGGGGAAAGGCCCUGGGAAAAGGAGGGGCCCAACCAUCAAGAUAUCUGGAGUUCAGGUGAAUGUGAAAUCCAUUAUCCAGCAUGAAGAAGAAUUUGAAAUGCUGCACAAAUCUAUUCCUGUGGACCCUGAAGAGAAAAAAAAGUACUGCUUGGCCUGCCGUGUCAAAGCUGCCCAUUUUGAUGUGGAAUGGGGUGUGGAGGACGACUCCCGGCUGCUGCUGGGGAUUUACGAGCAUGGCUAUGGGAACUGGGAGUUAAUCAAAACGGACCCAGAGCUUAAGUUAACUGACAAAAUUCUGCCCGUGGAGACAGACAAGAAGCCCCAGGGCAAGCAGCUGCAGACCAGAGCCGACUACCUGCUGAAGCUGCUCCGGAAGGGGCUGGAGAAGAAGGGGGGCGCGGCUGGGGGGGACGAGGUCAAGUCGAAGAAGCGGAAGCCUAGAGUGAAAAAGGAGAACAGAGCUCCACGGCCGAAGGAUGAGCGCGGGGCGGAGCUCUCCUCCCCACGGCACUCGGACAACCCUUCAGAGGAGGGCGAGGUGAAGGACGACGGCUUAGAAAAAAGUCCAAUGAAGAAAAAACAGAAGAAGAAAGACAACAAAGAGAAUAAGGAGAAACCAGUGAGUUCCAGGAAGGACAAGGAAGGGGACAAGGAAAGGAAGAAGUCGAAGGAGAAGAAGGAGAAGCCCAAAAGUGGUGAUGCCAAAUCUUCGAGCAAAUCAAAGCGAUCUCAGGGUCCUGUCCAUAUUACAGCAGGAAGUGAGCCUGUCCCUAUUGGAGAGGAUGAGGAAGAUGAUCUGGACCAGGAGACGUUCAGCAUAUGUAAGGAGAGGAUGAGGCCGGUGAAGAAGGCCCUGAAGCAGCUGGACAAGCCUGACAAGGGCCUGAGUGUGCAGGAGCAGUUAGAGCACACACGGAGCUGCCUGCUGAAGAUCGGGGACCGCAUCGCCGAGUGCCUGCGUGCCUACUCGGACCAGGAGCACGUGAAGCUCUGGCGGAGGAACCUGUGGAUUUUUGUUUCCAAGUUUACAGAAUUUGAUGCUCGAAAGCUGCACAAGUUAUACAAGAUGGCUCAUAAGAAGAGGUCUCAGGAAGAGGAGGAACAGAAGAAGAAGGAUGACAUGGUUGGUGGUAAGAAGCCAUUCCGACCAGAGGCGUCCAGCUCCGGCCGAGAUUCUCUGCUCUCUCCGUCCCACAGCUCUCACAACCUGCACCCACCGAAGCCUCAUUUGCCUGCCUCUCAUGGCCCGCAGGUGCACGGACACCCAAGAGACAACUAUGGUCACCCCAACAAGAGACACUUCAGCAGUGCAGAUCGAGGAGACUGGCAGAGGGAAAGGAAGUUCACCUAUGGAGGUGGCAACAGCAACCCGCCCUGGGGCAGUGACAGGCACCACCAGUAUGAGCAGCACUGGUACAAGGACCACCAUUACGGGGACCGGCGGCACAUGGAUGCCCACCGCUCAGGGAGCUAUCGUCCCAACAACUUGUCCCGGAAGAGACCUUAUGAUCAGUACAGCAGCGACCGAGACCACCGGGGACACCGAGAUUACUACGACAGGCACCAUCACGAUUCUAAGCGGAGGCGAUCUGAUGACUUUAGGCCUCAGAAUUACCACCAGCAGGAUUUUCGACGGAUGUCCGACCACCGCCCCCCUAUGGGCUACCAUGGCCAAGGGCCGGCCGAGCACUACCGCUCUUUCCACACAGACAAGUUGGGGGAUUACAAGCAGCCCCUGCCCCCGCUGCACCCUGCGGCCUCAGCCCCUCGCUCACCCCCUUCUCAGAAGUCGCCUCACGACUCCAAGUCUCCCCUGGGUCACCGGUCUCCUUUGGAGAGAUCACUAGAACAGAAAAACAACCCAGAUUAUAAUUGGAAUGUCCGGAAGACAUAAAGGACAGCCGGAAGGGGCGAGCAGGAGUUGUCGGGGGCGAGGAGAUUUCGUGUGAUCCCCAGCAGCCAGCUUGUGGCCGCGCGAGUGCAGGCUCGCUGCCACCUUUGCGGCCGGAGGAGCAGUUUGUGGAGCAGGAGGCUGCUCUCGGGCCAGCUCUGGUCUGCGCCCCCACUCCCACAGCCCAGCCUCCUGCUU